AUGCAUAUCUUUGACUCUUUGUUCUGUACUAGUUCCCAACACUUACAGAUUGUAAACAUUGAGAGUGUAAGUUGUAAACGUGUUAGCAGGAAUAGUGUUAGAAUUAACAGCAUUAUAAUCAAGAGUGUUAGCAGUAAACUUGUUAGUAGCAAGUUCAUUAGCAGCAAAUCUCCAGCAGGGACAAGAGUGACAAAACCGAAUGCUUCAUCAGUAGGAGAGUCUGGUGAAGGAAGUCGGGUUGUACAGCCUGUUUUAGAGAAUCAAGUUUCCCAGCCACGUUCCAGGUUUGAUAAACUGUUUGAACGUACAUGCGAGGUUGUUUAUGAUGUCCUUGAAGAUUUUAAUGACAUGACCCGUCCAGAUGACAAUAAAGGACAACCAGAUGAACCACUCAGUGUGAAAACGUUAAAGGAAAAUAUCAGAAGGUUCAAGACUGCUGUGAAACCUAUAACAGACACCUGGAAAGGUUUAUUCAAUCUUUUCAACUGGAGAAACCGGUCUUAUACUUUAUUUGUCUUCCUUAUACAUAUGUAUUGUGUUUGGAGAGGGUGGUUUUUGCCACUUCUUUUCUUUCUUGGUGCAGUUAGAAUGGUUGUUAAUUUUCUACAUUUUAAAGGAUACACAUUCCAUUUUGCAUACUUGGAUUCAGGUGAACUUGAGAAGGAAACAGAUGAUUCUUUGGGUCUGUCAGAUAAAUUUAAUCUUGUGUUGUUAGUAGCUACCAAAGUUCAGAAUGGUUUAGGUUCUGUGGCUGACAAUCUUGAGAAAGUGAAGAAUAUGUUAACAUGGAGACAUAGGGAAGGAUCAAAGCGAGUCCUCCUAGUUUUAUGUAUGGGUUUUGUGAUGACAGCUAUAAUGCCUACCUCAAUAUUCUGGAAAUUUAUAGGUCUAGGAUUUGGUGUGAAGAUAUUUAUAGUGAACUACAUCUACAAUCGUUACCCGAGGAUCAAGAAAAGAUAUGAUUCAAACUAUAAACUCUGGAUUACAGUGCCCACUGAUGCUCAAUAUGAGAAAAACUUUGUUAAAGCUGAGAUGGAUAAGUAUAUAGUAAUCCCGAGAUCGGACAGUGAGUUAGAGAGAUCUAUGGAACACUUAUCUGAUUUAGAUUCUAGUGAAGAUGAGGACAGUGCUGAGUUCAGACAGGUGUUUUCCUUGCCAAUUACAGAAUGUCCACAGCGAGGAUGGUUAAGUGGAAAGAGAACUGUGCUGAUAGGAAAAGACAGAUCAGUAAUUACCUUACUGUCCAAGAAAAGGGGAAAACUUUUCCUUACUAAUAGUUUCCUGUGUUUUGAAAGGGAGAAAACUCCAUCUGCCAGGAAUAUUGUUAUACCUCUUCAAGAUAUAGUCAGAGUUGACAAGGUGAAAAUAAAUCAAAGGAUGCCAGGUAAAGGAAUGGCCAUUCAAAUACUCAUAAAUAGUGAAGGAAAAGAAAACGUUCUUACAUUUGGGGGUGUUAUUGGUCGAGAUGAAGUUGUCAAAAGUAUAAACCAGUCUAUAAGAAAUGUAAAGCAAGAGAGACAGUCACCCAGACGUUCCAGUGAUAACAUCAGCAGACGGUCAUUAGACAGUGUGUCGUCAAGGAUACAGAAUUUUACAUUCGGAGCAUAUUAUGUUGAUUCUGAUUCCGAUUAAAAUCAAUCUAUUUUAUAUCUUGAAAUAUUUUUUAUAUUUCUGAAAUCUAAUACUCGGCCAUUUUAACUUUUAUUAUGCCAACAGCAUAAAAUAAAGUAAGACCCUGUUACACAUACACCAUGGUACAGUCUAAUCAAACUCAGGUACUUCUAGCUGUGUAAUUGGUGUGUGAUUAAAAUUUCUAUCAAAACCAAGGAACAGUGUAAAAACAAGAACUAUUUUUUUACACAAUUUAGUUAGGAGUGGGUGGGGGUGUGUUUGGGAAUAAAUUUCAAUGGACAUUUCCAAAUUUAAAGCAGGGCAAGUAGUGAAAUAAAGUUAUUAGAGAUUAUUUUAAAGACUACAGAGUUAUUCCAUUUAAGAAGUAACAGAAGGCUCUGUAAAGGUGAAGCCAUUUGUUGAUGUAAGCUUAAAGGGUAAAUGAAUAAAUACACAGCACCUGGUUUAAAGUCAAAUUUGAAAGAAACUGAUAUAUGUAGUAAUUUUAGAACGGGUAGAAGGAGGGAUGAACCUGCAACCUCUUGUUUUGUAGUCAUACAAUGAAAACAUUGGACCACUGUAUGUAAUUGUUUAUCAGUUUAAAAGGCCAUAAGAGAUUGCUCACUUACAUUGCUUUAUGAAACAUAACAAAAUAGUGCAUAAUGAAACAUUGCCCAAUGAAACUGCUUCAUAAAACAUUGCUUUAUGAAACAUGGCUCCAUGAAACAUCACUUUAUGAAACAUGGCU